GACGAGAGUACCUACUUGCCACCACCUACCUGUGGAGGAGAGACUGUAAAGAUGGAGGCCAAAGGUAACAGCAAUCUUGUAAAAGGGCAAGCAACUUUUAUGUUGGAGCUGUACCGUGCUGCAUUGUCYGAGGGUGGUAAGGGCAGUAUGGGCAAUGAGAGCAACAAGCCACUGAACAUAGCAGUCUCACCCRUGAGCAUUGCUCUCGCGCUGGCGGUUGUCUCUGGCGGGGCAGCCGGGAACACGCUGACGGAAAUACUUAACGUUCUCCGGCUUCCGGCAGAUCUGGCCGUUGCGCAUUCUUCCUUGACAUCUCUGCGCAGGAAUCUUCUUGGAGGGCCCACCUCUGCCUCCACCUCAGAUUCNCAUUCUUCCUUGACAUCUCUGCGCAGGAAUCUUCUUGGAGGGCCCACCUCUGCCUCCACCUCAGAUUCAGAUGCAGCCGACGUUCUUCGGCUUCCGGCAGAUCUGGCCGUUGCGCAUUCUUCCUUGACAUCUCUGCGCGAGAAAGUGCUUGGAGGGCCCACCUCUGCCUCCACCUCAGAUUCAACUGCAGCCGACAUUCUCCGUCUUCCGGCAGAUCUGGUCGUUGCCUAUUCUUCCUUGACAUCUCUGCGCAGGAAACUGCUUGUAUGGCCCACCUCUGCCUCCACCUCAGAUUCAUUUGCAGGCGUGAAAGUUAAGAUUGCGACCGGACUUUGGGUGACUGAUCAGCUGCCGUUGAAAAAGGAGUAUGAGGAUCACGUUGCCAUGUACGAGGGUCGUGUGGUCCCUGCAGAUUUUGUCGGGGCAGCAUCACAAGUGCGUGAAGAAAUCAACCGGUGGGUGAGAGAUCAGACAUUAGGAAAGAUACAGGAGAUCGUCCCUCGAGGCCUGUUGAACGAAGCCUCUGUCUUUGUGCUUGUUWACACACUCUACUUCAAGGGAUUGUGGCAGAAAUUCUUCUGUAAAGAGUAUACUGCCYCUGGGAACUUCGUGAUACCGGCCAAAGGUGGUGGCUUGGAGACUGUGUCAGUUCCGAUGAUGUGGAAUAAUGGAAUGUACAGAAUAGGAAAGGAGAAUGGUUUUCGGAUUUUGCGAUUGCCCUAUCAGAUGGGGGGAGCGGAUGAUUGCCGUCAACUGGCUAUGUAUAUUUUCCUCCCGAAUGAGGUGGAUGGGCUUGCAAAGAUGGAGGGAUCGUUGACUGCCGAAUUGCUCGAGGAGUCCUUCGGAAACAUGUAUGACAGCCACCACACUUUUCCUCCCAAAAUUCAAAGUGGCAUCAGGUCUGCAACUCAACCAGUCGCUGAAGGAUAUUGGCAUGAAGAGCGCAUUCGAUUUGGAAAUUUUCGAUUUCUCAAACCUAUUCAAUUGUCAAGAUCGCCGAUUGUACAUCUCUGAUGUCCUGCAUGAUGUGUGCGUUGAGGUAGAUGAGCAGGGCACAGUUGCAGUAGCAGCAACCCUUAUGGUACCGAGCACCAGCGAUUCGA